AUGGCAGGUUCAGUCGUACCGCCGCCUAACGCGAGGGAGCUUCUCCCACCACUGCUAGCCUGCCUGGCUACUGCAAAUGCUUCACGACAACCGCCUCCCGCGCUUCUUCCACUACUGUCGCCCAUCCUUCGCCAGCGCGUCCAGUUACUCGCUUCGGAUGAUUGGCUGUCUCUGCUAUGCUGGGACAAGGAAAUCGCGUCCCGGUUACCAGACAUUGUCGGCAACCUGCAUAUCGAGCCACAUCCCUCCUCCGGCGAGAUCGAGGUCGAAGACCCCGACCAGAUCCUGUAUCGUCGGUCAGACGCAGAGACUUUGCACGCAAAGUUGGUGCUAGGAGAGUAUGGCAUCGUGCCCACAUAUCUAUGGUGCACCGGUGGAGAUGAUGGUAAUCGCUGGGAGCUGUCCGAAUUGAGGGGCGUCCAAGACAUGGAUGAUGGCACCGAGUGGUUCCAGAGCACGAGCGAAGCUGCCGAUGCUGGAUUCCGCAGAAAGUCGUCUAACAUGAACGGUGCUACAAGCCAACCCAUGGCUUCUCUGCGACCAGAACCGCAACCACAGCAACACAACGAUGAGGAGGAUGACGGUUCUUACUGGGCUGCGUAUGAUCGGACACCGGGUCGUACCCCGCACAAACAGUCCCCUGCACCGCCUACAAAUCCUCGUGUACAGAUCGGGCCUACGCAGUCAGAGCUCGAGUACUUUGCCCGCUAUGCCUCGGAGGUGCAACCAGCAAUGGAUCCUCAUGAUCCAGACGAGGAUCUCGCUGGACCAGGAGAAUCGACGCUCAACGGCGAUUCGUUCGGAUUUGCCCAGCAAGAUAAUCCAGAAUCUGCAAGGCAGCUGCCAGAUGCUUCAAACAACACGAACCAUGUCAACGGCGACCGCCGAGACUCCCCUUAUGACAAGCCCGAUCAUAUCGAAUCGGUAGACAACCGUUACAAUGAUCUCAACCACCCACGACCCGCUUCCUCGGCGUCAACGAAUUCAGUAGAGCGGUUGGAGCGCGAAGCGGAAAACCACAGCCAAGCCGAGCUUGCAAUCAAGCAACAUAUCAGCACAGAUAUGAAGAGCUUGUUCCGCUUGGCAAGGGCCUCAGGCAUCGAGAGGGAAGAGUUUGAGCGGAUCAUCAAACGUGAAUUGGAGGUCCUCCCCUUACUAGAACAGGAUCAAUAG